CCUCGUAGACGCGCAGCAGGGCCCGGUUUCUGUUUCCGGUGGCAAGAGGCGGGGGUUCGGCCUGUCUGCGCGAGCGGGGGUGACUGUGCAACCACUACCUAAUGCCGCUACACAAGUACCCUCCGCGGAUCUGGGAAGCUCUGAAACUGAAACAGGGCAUCUAUGCCCGUCUGCCUGCUCAUUAUCUCAAAUCACUACAGGAUAAUACACAGCCCACCCCAGUUCACUGGAAACCCCUUGGGGUGAAAUAUAAAUUAAAUCCCAAAACAGGCCAACGAGAGCGAGUGCAGGAUGUUCCUAUCCCAGUCUACUACCCACCAAAGUCUCAGCAAGGGCUCUGGGGAGGAGAAGGCUGGAUUUCUGGCUUUCGGUAUGCUGGCAAUGACAAACUCUCAAAAAGACUGAAGAAGACUUGGAAGCCACAGCUUUUUGAGCGGGAGUUAUAUAGUGAGAUCCUUGACAAGAAAUUGACCAUUACAGUCACCAUGAGAACCCUGGACCUGAUCGACGCAGCCUAUGGAUUGGAUUUCUACAUCCUCAAGACUCCAAAGGUUGAUCUGUGUUCCAAGCUAGGGAUGGAUUUGAAACGAACAAUGCUGCUACGGCUCGCUCAGAGGGACCCUAGCCUCCAUCCAAAUGAUCCAGCAAAGAGAGAGGCUAUCUAUAACAAGUAUCAGGAAUUUGUGAUCCCAGAAGAGGAGGCUGAGUGGGUUGGGCUGAGUUUGGAAGAAGCUGUAGAAAAGCAGCGGCUUCUAGAGAAGAAGGACCCUACUCCUCUUUUUAAAGUGUACGUGGAAGAGCUGGUCCAGCAGCUCACAGAGCAGUCACUCGCUGAAGCAGCAGAAGUGAAGAAAUCCUAGCUAGGAACAGCCUCCUGUCACAGCCUGGAAUGUGCGGCCUUCUAGGACUAUUGAUU